GAAGAGUAUCCUGCGGGACCUUCCUAACAACCAGAGCUAUGAAGGACUGGCGCUGGAUCCCGCUGCAAAAAGUCAUAUAUCCUUUGUCUGAUUCCCCUUCUGUGAAGAUGUCCCAGUCUGCUCCAGCUGAUGAAGGGACCACGUUUGAACAUCUCUGGAGUACCCUGGAACCGGAUGGUACAUAUUUUGAUCUCCCUCAGUCAAGUCAUUCAAAUAGCGAAGCUUCCAACCGUACGGAGGUCAGCAUGGAUAUUUACCAAAUGAGAAACAUGAAUGAGUCUCUCAUGGUAAGCAUGCCUUUUACUUAGUGCGGACUGAACAGUCCUCUGCAGGCUGGAGGACGGCACACGUUUAUG